AUGUUCCCACCCCAAAACGCUGACCUCUUCAAGUCCUACAGCAAACUUGAGAACCACUAUCGAAGUGAUUUCCUUCAAAAGAUUCGAGAAAAAGACGCCAAGCUUCGAGAAUUAAAUCAACCUGUGGAAUGGAUAGCAUCGGAAAAAGUCCACGGUAGCAAUUUUAGCUUUAUCGUUCAUCACAAUGGUCAUGCAAACACAGAUCAAUUACAAAUUACUCUCACCAAUCGAACGACUGUACUAGACAAGCUUUUCACCAAUUUCUUUCCUGAGGCCAUCGAGGAAGUGUUUCAAAGAUAUGAAACUUGUGCCAAGAAAUUGUUUUUCUUGAUUUCGGAACAAGCUCCAUCAUGGUUUAGCGCUUCUUCCAUACCUGAGGAAGAAGAAAACAACUCUCCACACUCAUCCAAAGACAAGGUCCUGAAGAAAAUUCACAUUUAUGGAGAAUUAUUUGGUGGACACUUUCCCAAAGCUUCCUCAAGUGAGGAUUCCAUUCUGAGAAAACACAUUCAAAAAGGAGUUCAUUACUGCCCUCAUUAUGAUUUUUAUGUGUUUGAUGUGUUUUGUUCCUUUGAAAAUGGAGAAGAGAAAUGGGCUGUUUUUGAUCAUGUUGACCCAUUGCUUGAUCGUGCUGGUUUUAGAGUACGUGCGAAACCUCUCAUUCGAGGUACCUUAGAAGAGUGUUUGUCAUUUGAUAUUGAGUUUAACACAACCCUUCCUCAUUUGUAUUAUUCAGAGUUGGUUAAGGAAAGGAAUGUUCAUUGGAACGAGAAGGAAAAUUUGUGUGAGGGUGUUGUAAUUAAGGCAGCUAACAGAAAUGUUCAUGUUGGUGCUAGAGCCAUCAUCAAAAAGAAAAACUCUAAAUUUAUGGAGACAAAUCCAACUAAGGUGAAAAACAGACAACCUAAAAAGGAUCGUUCACAAGAAGGCAUAUCAGAAGACUUUGACAACACAUGGCAAGAGUUGGAAAGAUACAUUACCAUGAACAGACUUUCCAAUGUCGAGUCAAAAAUUGGUACCAUUACGCGACAAAAUCUUUCCCAAAUUAUGAAAGAAUUUUCUGCAGACAUUCUUAGUGACUACCACAAAGAUGUCACUUCUGGUGAGAUUUCAGAAUGUGAUUGCAAACCAUUGGAAGAAUUGAACGAAGCAGUCCAAAAGAAAAUAACGAAAAAACUCUCUGAAGCAUGCAAAUCUCUUGUCCAGGCCUAUGUGAAAACACAAAAUUCCAAUAACAAAUAA